AUGGCGGCGAUACUGAGGGUGACGAAUUCAUUACCAUGGGUCAGAUCUGAAGCCACGUAUACGGGAAACGGUUCACCAGCUCCGCCGGAUCGGGACCCUCCGGCGGCCGGGUGGCUAGCGCCCUCACUCCCAAAGCGCUCUUGGGUCGUUCGAACUGAGGCACGACAACUUGUUUUACCUAAAUGCUCGAGCUGUUUUAGCCGAAGAUAUGCUGCCAAUUUAGUGGGAGAAAGCAAACAGGCAUAUUUUACACUAUUCGUGGCUUUAAAAAUGUCAAAUCUUGAAAUUCAGUCGAACGUACGUAAAGCGAGCAUAAAAAGGCCGGAUCCACCUUGCGUUGUUUGUGGAGGAAGUGGUAGAGUUGAUUGUCACGAUUGCAAUGGAAAAGGUAGAACAAACCACGUCCAAUCAACGAUACUUCCAAAAGGAGAGUGGCCAAAAUGGUGCAGAACAUGUCGUGGAAGUGGGCUCGGGUGCUGUAACCGGUGUCUCGGGACCGGAGAGUAUAGGGACAUAAUUGGGUUCCAUUUUAUGAAGAAGGGUAUUGAAGCCCAAGAUCAACAAAGAGAUUCACUUCGUGAUCUGGCGGGUUCAUAUACAUUAACCGAUCUACUGCAAUACAAAGAUCAGCUGGACUCGGGUAGUGAAAGAUGAAAUGGUGAUUCUUGUGAUGGAUGUGUACUGCUAGCUGUUUAUAAUACAAGUUCUUGGAUAGUCUGGCUCUCAUAUUUUCGAGCCGUAAAUUAUAUUUAGCGCGGUAAGUAUGUUUUUUGAUACAUAUAGACUGUAAUAGAGUAUAUGUGUACUUUUUGAGUGAAGACUGAAGAACACGACACUCGAACGAUGACAAAAGUUCCCUUGUUUCUACAUGGUGAUUCUAUUAGGUUUAAUGUUUUGAUAAAAUUAUUAAAUAUCCCUUGCUAGAUUAUAGGAAAACUCUUUUAACGACAUUUAUUCAUUUAAUCGAUUUGCUCUGAAGUUGGGAGAUCUUGGGAGAUUUGAACUUUUGGAUUUGGGGUUUCAGAUUAUGCUAGAAUUUGCAUUAAAAUUAGGGAAUUCUUUGUUGAAUCCAGCAAAUGCUCAG